AUGUAUCAUAUACACCGGCUCAAAUUAUUUAUAGUGUUAAUUUUUAUAAAAUUAUGUGAAUGCAAUGAGAGCAUUGAUAUAAAAAUAAAUCAAGGCAUAUUAUCAGGAUUGGUUGAAAAGACCUUUUUGAAAGGAAAUAAAUAUUUUGCAUUCAGGGGCAUUCCGUUUGCAGAACCUCCAUUGGGAACGCUUAGAUUUAGGCCUCCCGUACCUCAUAAACACUGGGAUGGAACAUAUGAGGCUCACAAAAACAAGCCUACCUGUUUUCAGUUCAGCUAUAGAAGAAGAAAUAAUGAACCGCAUGGCUUCUCCGGUUCCGAAGACUGUCUCUAUUUAAGUGUUUAUACUCCAAGUCUUGAAGAAACCGCUCCGGUAGUAGUGUUUGACUAUAACGAUAAUUUUAAGACUGGCUUCAAUGGAUCCGAUACAUAUUCACCUGACUUUUUUAUUGAAGAAGGCGUCGUAGUUGUAACUAUAAACCAUAGACUCGGUAUCCUAGGAUAUUUUACCACUGAGGACGAUGUUAUACCUCCAAAUGCUGGCUUAAAAGAUUUUAUUUUAGGAUUAAAUUGGAUUAAUGAUAACAUUAAAGCGUUUGGCGGUGACCCAAGCCAAGUUACGAUCAUGGGUAACCGCGGCGGAGCAGCAUUGGCCAAUAUGAUGCUUUAUUCAGAGGCAGCAAAAAAUCUUUUCUCGGCGGUAAUCAUGCAAAGUGGAAGUGCCAUGGAGUCUAUAUAUUUCUACAAAAAUUCGCGUGGAAAAGCUUUCGAACUCGGCGAAGUAUUCAAUAUGACGACUGAUGACAGUAAUGUCUUGCUAGAGAAAUUGCAAACAAUUGAUGUUGAAGUUCUAUUCACUGAAGAAGGUAAAGUAAAUGAUAAUAAUCAAGUAGACGAUUUUCAAUCAAGUGCACAAUUGUUUUCCCCCAUUAUUGAAAAACCAAGCCCAGAUGCCGUUCUUACACGCUCUCCAGUAACAGAUAAUAUUAUCAACGACGUUCCGGUAUUAAUUGGCUUCAAUUCUAGAGAAGGACUUGACUUGGUAUCGCAUUAUAUUAUAGAACCACGAUUAAUAGAUGCAAGCGCUGACUUUUUGUUUGUCUUUCCAAUUAAAGUCAAUUACCGAUUUAACGCAAAUAGCACUGCGUUUAAAAAUGCGAUAGAAAAAGUGAAGUACUUUUACAUGGAAGAUGGCAAUCUUCACUAUUCUAAUAUUCUGGACUACGCUGUUUAUGUUGGAGAUAUGUUGCAAAAUUACGCGCUGCAUGUCACUGCAAGAAAAUUGUCAAAGGAACUUCAAUCUAAUUUGUACUACUAUAUGUUUGAUUAUCGAGGACUAUUAAAUGAAAAUAGUGAACAAAUCACAAAAUAUCUUAGGUUCAGUAUGCAACAUUGGGGUGCUACUAUUACUGAUGAACUAUGCUAUUUACAUUUAUGUUCGCGGAUAAAGAGUACGUAUGACGAAUUUAAGGAAUUACCAAGUGAACAGCCUGAGUUCAAAGUUCUGAAGAAGAUGGUAAAGAUGUGGACAAACUUUGUGAAAACAAGGGAUCCCACUCCAAGAGACGACAAAGAUCUAAAACACCUCAAAUGGUUACCAGUGGACAGCGCGAAAAAUAACUACCUUCAUAUUGGAAAGAAAUUUAAAAUGCAAGAAAAUCCAUUGGGCGAGCGGGCUAAAUUCUGGGACGAUUUUUUGAAAGAAUAUCAAGAAAUGGCCCAGAAUGGUGUAGUUGGAAGUGAAGAGCUAGAACAUGACGAAUUGUGA